UCGCUUGUUUAGUAUACAACACUUAGUUCGAGUUCGAGCCUACCAGUAGUAGUCAGGCUAGUGCGGUUUUGAUUUUGAACGUUAUACAGAACGAUUUGAACAUGAAGGUCUUCAUCGUUGCCAUUUUUGCCCUGAUCGCCGUGGUGGCUGCCCAGGACAAAUACACCACCAAGUACGACGGAGUCGACGUGGACGAGAUUCUGAAGUCCGACCGGUUGUUUAACAACUACUACAAAUGUCUGAUGGACCAGGGCCGCUGCACUCCGGACGGAAACGAGCUGAAGCGGGUACUGCCCGACGCCCUGAAAACGGAUUGCACCAAGUGUAGCGAAAAGCAGAAGGCCGCCACCGAGAAGGUGAUCAACUAUCUGAUCGACAAACGCCCGAAACAGUGGGCUACCCUGCAGGAGAAGUACGACCCCGACAACGUGUACGUCAACCGGUACCGUAAUGACGCCGCCAAGGCCGGCAUCAAGCUGUAAGCCAUCAACACACUUUCUGCAGCUGAUGACCUGAGACUGAGAAACACCAGAAAUGCCUCCGAUUACAAAAUAAUCUAAAAACUACACAAAACUAGUUAUUUUAAUGAACUCGUAAAUUAGAUCAAAAUUGUACAAUUCUUGAGGUGGCUCCGAAACUAACAUGCAGAAAAACUGUUCUAAAUAUCUUCCAUUAUCUGUGAUCAAAACUCUACUACAAGCACAUGCACAUUAACGGUUUAAGCUCCACUGCGUCUGCUACCAUGCGGUCAAAAAGUACAACUUAGAUAAAUCAUACCGCGUUCGUUGGAGGGCGUUGCCUGCUACUGACAGAGAACUAGUGGAUUUCGAUUUUACCAUGCAGUCGGGCGAUCGCCGGUGGUCAAUGUCAUGCUGACGAUUUAUGAAACGGGCUGUAUGCUGUAGCAGUGUGUUUGCAGUGCGGCGUAUACCCUCUAGAAUUGCGAAACAAAAAAAAACUUUAUCGAUUGGCGUCGGCUUUCCACACAGGUGAAACGUAGGUGGCGGGGCGGCCAGAGCCUUUCACAAAACCGGACCGUGUGGCAUUGCUUUGUCAAACUGGUUGCUUGGUAAUUACUGUAGGAGUUAAUUAAAUAAAAAAAUUAAAGAUAAUUUUAAAAAUAAAUUGUGUUGUAAU